AUCAAUUUCAGUUGAGCUCUCAUCGAAUAUUCACUAAAAAAACUUAAACUAAACAAAGCUAAACAUGAAGGUUUUCGUAUGCUUGUUAGCCCUUUGCGCAGUUGCCAAUGCCGGUUUCUUAGGAGGUGGCGGCGGUGGUGGUGCUGGUGGUUGGUCCAGCGGUGGUGGUGGUGGUAGCAGUGGAGGCUGGUCUAGCGGUGGUGGUGGUGGCGGCUUCUCUGGUGGUCCCGUUAAAAUUAUUAAAGUCAUUUCCGAAGGUGGAUCUGGCGGUCAUGGUGGUGCCGGUGCUGGUGGUUGGUCUUCAGGAGGCUCCGGCGGUUUCGGCGGCGGCUAUGGUGGCGGUCAUGGCGGUGGUUAUGGCGGUGGUCAUGGCGGUGGUCAUGCCGGUGGUGAUGUUCAAAUCAUUAAAGUCAUUUCUCAAGGUUCCUCCGGUGGCGGUCAUGGCGGCCAUGGCGGUGGAUGGUCUGCUGCUCCUGCUCCCGCUCCAGCUCCUGUUAAAAUCAUCAAGGUCAUCUCUGAAGCUGCUCCCUCUGGUGGUGCUGGCGGUUGGUCAUCUGGCGGUGGUGCUGGUGGUUGGUCCUCUGGCGGUAGUGGUGGCUGGUAAAUCCGUUACCUCUUCAUUGCCCAUUCCUGAGACUCGAUUGUUUAGUUAGCUUUGUGAUAUUUUUUUACUGAAACAUCGAAAUCGACUAUUUGUUAUUGUUAUUAUAUCUCACUUCAUUUUUGAAGUUCUAUCAUUUUCACACUCUAUUAGUUAAA